GUUAUUUCGCCUGGAAUAGACGGAUUCUUCCUGGGUGUAAAGAGAAUAACAUUUCAGGGGAGAAAUCGAGUGUUUUUUUUAAUUUGCUCGCAUUGAACCUCUUUUUGGAUUGAAAAUGUCAGCAACGUUCCCGGGUCUCGUCCAUGAUCCCGAGAUACGUCAUGAUGGAUCAAACAGCUAUCGUCUGAUGCAGCUCGGAUGUCUGGAGUCAGUGGCAAAUUCUACAGUCGCCUAUUCAUCCUCAUCCCCUUUAACCUACUCGGCGAAUGGAACCGAUUUUACUUCACCUUAUUUCUCCACAAAUCACCAGUACACCCCUCUGCACCACCAGUCCUUCCACUAUGAGUUCCAGCACAGCCACCCGGCAGUCAACCCAGAUGCCUAUUCAUUGAAUAGUCUCCACCAUACCCAGCAAUACUACCAGCAGAUCCAUCAUGGAGAACCUGCAGACUUUAUCAACCUUCAUAAUGCCCGGACUCUCAAGUCCUCCUGCCUGGAUGAGCAGAGGCGAGAGCUGGGGUGUUUGGAAGCUUACCGCCGACACGAUCUGUCUCUUAUGAGCCAUGGCUCCCAAUAUGGCAUGAUCUCAGACCAAAGACUUCUGCCAGGUCCAAAUCUAGGGCUUCCACCUCCAGGAUCUGAUGACAUACAGAACUCGGUGGAGGCGCAAUGUGGGUUAGUUUUAAACGGCCAAGGCGGAGUAAUACGGAGGGGUAGCACUUGUGUUGUAAAUCCAACGGACCUGUUUUGUUCUGUUCCUGGACGUCUGUCUCUACUCAGCUCUACCUCCAAGUACAAAGUGACCAUUGCAGAAGUGAAGAGGCGUCUGUCACCACCAGAAUGCCUCAAUGCUUCUCUUUUAGGAGGAAUCUUACGAAGAGCAAAAUCUAAAAAUGGGGGACGAUGUUUACGAGAAAAGCUGGACAGACUGGGACUGAAUUUACCAGCUGGCAGACGGAAAGCAGCGAAUGUCACAUUGCUCACCUCUCUAGUUGAAGGUGAAGCCCUCCAUUUGGCACGGGAUUUUGGCUAUACAUGCGAGACAGAGUUUCCAGCCAAAGCAGUGGGAGAGCAGCUAGCAAGGCAACAUCUUGAACCCAAAGAACAAACGCCAAGGAAAAAGAUGAUUCUAGCAACAAAGCAAAUCUGCAAGGAAUUUCAGGACCUAUUAAGCCAGGAAAGAUCACCCCUUGGAUCCUCGAGACCAACCCCGAUUCUAGACCUUGAUAUUCAAAGACAUUUAACACAUUUUAGCCUGAUCACACAUGGAUUUGGUACUCCUGCCAUCUGCGCUGCCCUCAGCAGCUUCCAAACUGUCCUCAGUGAAAUGCUCAACUACCUGGAUAAGCACACAGUUACUAAAAAUGGAAGCUCACCAGAGAAUGGUCAGGGUAAUGGCAAUGCUGAAAAAGCAUCACAACGGAAAAGCUUGGAGUCAUCGCAAAAAGAUGGCAAAAUUGAGAAGGCGGAAUGAACUCAGCAAAUGAACUUUUAAGUCACCAGAGCUUUCUUGCUGCUGAAGUCCACUUUUUAAGCAGGUGUUUUUUUUCCCUCUUGUAGGAGCACUGGAAAGAGGGCAACAAAAGUUCAACAUUGGAGUCACUACUUUUACAAUGCUGGAACAUUUAGUACGCAUUAGUGCUAUUUAAAUAAUGUUUAUAGUGGUAAAUUUAACAACUUAAUCACUGGAUUUUAAAGUGCAGUAUUCCUUUUCAAAUAACAGUCUAAAUGAUGUAUCAUGAAACCUGCUCAUUAUCCAUUUCUUUUUGUUUGUUUGCAUGACUCUCAUAAAUGUGAUGGCAUAAAUGUGACAGCUCCAGUCUCUAUAAAGCAUCUAAAAAUU